AUGGUACCUGAUUCUUCAUUGUUGGUUGCAUCGGGUACACGGGACGUGCAUGGUCGAGUUAUUUCUGCCUCUGCACGUCGUGGGAGUCCAAGUGAGCAUAAGUCACAAGGUCAGUCACAUAUGGGUCAGGCCGGUAGUAGUGUGAGACUUGACGAUGUAUUUGAUCAUGCCAGUUGUGACCAACAGGAUGUGAGUGACAAUGAUGAUAUCCCGACUGAAGAUAUCGACUCGGAAGGGUUUAAUGAUUUCGGAAGUGACUCACCUCCACAUUUACCUCGACAUUCACCUCCACAUUCACUUCCACAUUCACCUCCAGCUAGACGAAGCAAUGUUAUCCGUCUUAGGGUUAGAGGACUUGGAGCUGCAUCUGUAUCCGCAUCAUCAUCAGCAGCGAGUAAUACCCAGCCUUGGGUUGUCACAGGACCAGUUGUUGGUGGCCCUCAUGACGGUUCUGUUAUUCCCAGUUUUCUUGGUCAUAUGGCCCAUCGCUUGGCUAAGUCGUGCAAACCUUCGUUAGAGAUGGAUACAACAAUCAUAUACUUCAAUUUGUUGAAAGAAUGGAAGGGUUCUAUGUCGACUAAGGCUCAGAUCUUGUUGGCUGGUAAAUUGAUUAUAACACAAUCUGGGACUGUCGAUUGUGAGACUUUGGUCAUGACGGUGCUGAGAAUGACUAGCCAGACGUUGCAGACUAGUAAAGUAAUCCACGGUGGAGGGGUUCAGUCGGGCUUUGUUGCAAAGAAAGGCUGA